AGAGAUAAUUUGGUACAAAAAUGAUUGAACCCAACAAUUUUAAUAAAAAGUUUAGGGGAAAGAUUCACAAUUAGGCUUAAAUAUAUAAUAUUUUAAGGGGAAAUAAAUAAUAAUAAUAAUAAUAAUAAUUGAUAAGAGGGGAAAGAGUAAACAAGGAAAAUCAAAAAUGGCGAUGGAAUCGGAAUCGGAAUCCUCGUCUCCUCCUGUAGCCGCCGGCGAAGGUCAAUCCAUGGAGAAGAAGAAUAAUGGUUCAUCUUCAACCUCAAUACCAUCAAUGGUUCUGAGCUCCACCCAUUCAGCUAUUCGUUAUCUCCAACAUAACUCUUCUUCUCAUUGGACCAAUCUCCAGGAAUUAGUAGCUGAUGCCAAAUCCAACUACACAGCUUAUGAAGACAAGUUCUUCAACACAAUUCAACAAGAGUUGAAGAGUACUAGGGAAUACCCAGCUGCUACUGUUGGGGUUGGCCUUGCAGCUGCCCUCUUUCUUCUCCCAGGACCUAGAAGGUUCUUGUUUCGUCAUACAUUGGGCCGACUGCGAAGUGAGGAGGCGAAAUUUGUUAAAGCUGAGAAGAAUGUGAAGGAGUUGAGCCUUUCGGUCGAUGUGAUGAAAAAUGAAAGUAGGAAACUACUUGAGAGAGCGGCUCUUGCUGAGAAGGACAUGAAAUAUGGGCACACCGAGCUUACGAAUGCUGGAAAUCAUAUUCAACGUCUAGCGAAAUCUGUUUACAAGGUUGAGACUCAAGCUGCAGAUUUAAUGGAUGGCCUGCGGGAAACUCCUGGUAGGGAGGCUUUAAGACUUCGAGCAGAGGUUGCGUCUAUGUUGUCGCAUUUAAGAAGGCAGAGAACCGACCUAAACAAACGGAUCAUGAAGAUUUCUGACUUGGGAGUUUCAGUGUGAUGAGGAAUUAGAGACCGCUCAAUAAAUGAAAUGUUUGAAGGAUUUUCUUUGCAAGUUGCCAAGUUAUACAACUUGAGCUAUGAGAGUUCAAAUUAAAAAAAAAAUACGAAUAUCUUAAACAAUUUUUAUAAAGCAAAGAUGGAAUGAGAUAUUUCAGCAUUUGUUAGCUUAAUAAUAUUGAGGUUACUCAUA